AUGGCCAUUGAAAUUGAAUCAGCAGAUGUCAUAAGAUUGUUGCAGCAAUAUUUAAAGGAAAAUAAUUUAUUAAGAUCUUUAGCUACUUUACAGGAAGAAACAGGCAUAUCUUUAAAUACAGUUGAUAGUAUUGAGAGCUUUGUUUCCGAUAUUAAUAAUGGUCAUUGGGACACCGUUUUAAUUAAUAUUAAACCUUUAAAGUUACCCGAUAAAAAAUUAAUUGAUCUAUAUGAGCAGAUCGUAUUAGAAUUGAUAGAGCUGAGAGAGUUGGGCGCGGCCCGUUCUCUUUUGAGGCAAACUGACCCCAUGAUUAUGCUGAAGCAGCAGUAUCCCGAUCGGUACAUCCACUUGGAAAAUAUAUUGGCCCGGUCUUACUUUGAUCCGAGAGAGGCAUAUUUGGAAGGUUCUAGUAAGGAGAAGAGGAGAACCUUAAUCGCCAAAGCUCUGAGUGGAGAGAUAACGGUUGUGCCCCCUUCCAGACUCUUAGCGUUGCUGGGACAGUCCCUGAAAUGGCAGCAGUCUCAGGGACUUCUACCUCAUGGAACUUCGAUAGAUCUCUUCAGGGGUAAAUCUAACACCUCUCACUUGGCCCGCAACAAAUCCUCUAAAAAGGCUAAACAACAAAAAUCCUCGAAAAACUUGCAAGAUGGUGCCUCCGACGAAGAGCAAGAUAGACGUGCCCGCGGGAAAGCUGACGAUUACAAUGGGGAUGGCACUGACCCCGAUGAGAGUGAAGGUGACGAAGACGAUAAUGACGACGUGGAUGGCAAAGGAGUGGAGAAGGAAGAAAAAUAUCCCAACGUGUGUUACCGGAAAAUAAAAUUCGGUUCGAAAUCGAAAGUGCUCUCCUGCAAAUUUUCUCCCGACGCCAGGUAUCUAGUCACCGGCAGUCAGGAUUGGAUCAUCGAAGUGUGGGACCCAAUCAGCGGAAAACUCAAGAAGGAAUUGAGAUACCAAUCAGAGGACAAUUUUAUGAUGAUGGAAGAGGCCGUGUUAGCCCUAGGAUUCAGCAAAGAUUCCGAACUUCUGGCUUCCGGUUCCGCCGACGGAGAAAUCAAAGUUUGGAAGAUUGUUAACGGAACGUGUUUCAAAAGCUUCGAAAGGGCUCACAGUAAGGGCAUCACGUGCCUAAAUUUUUCGCGCGAUCACACCCAGAUACUAUCGGCUUCUAAUGAUCACCAUAUCAAGAUGUAUGGCCUGAAAUCAGGCAAGUGCCUUAAAGUGUUUCGCGGUCACACCUCUUACGUAAAUAGCGCCAUUUUCUCUGCCGAUGGACAUUACGUUAUAAGCGCGUCGUCGGAUGGUAGCGUCAAAAUUUGGAGUUCCAAAUCGGCCGAUUGCGUAAACACCUUCAAAACUUUCGGAACGGUUAACGAAGUUACGGUGAAUUCCGUUCAUUUGUUUCCCAAAAAUCUCGAACAUUUUAUCGUUUCCAAUAGAUCCAAUACAUUGACUAUUCUCAACAUGCAAGGCCAGAUAGUUAAAACGUACACUAGCGGUAAGCGUAGUGAAGACGGAGGCGAUUUCGCGUGUUGCUGCAUUUCCCCCAAAGGUACUUGGAUCUAUUGCGUGGCUGAGGAUAAUAUUCUCUACUCCUUCUCAACCAACACGGGAAAAUUGGAAAGAACGCUUAACGUUCACGAGAAAGACAUUAUUGGUAUGGCCCAUCACCCUUAUCAAAAUAUCAUAGCUACCUUUAGCGACGACGGAAUCCUAAAAUUAUGGAAACCCUAAAUUCCUAUUGUUGCGCGUGUUAUAUUUUAUUAUUAGAGAUUUUUAAAUUUUAUUUAGCAGUUUUUGUCUUUGUAAAAUUAUGUAUCUUGAUACAAUUAUAAAUAUUAUAUUUUUA